AUGGAGGUCUUCGAAAAGGCCCAGACGGUCGACCCCGAGGUCAGAGCCCACAUUUACUCUCUCAUCUCGGCCAUUGGUGGCAGUAGUACUGUCAACGAAGGCCAAUAUGUCCUCGGAGAUGACGCCCUGGCCUGUUUGAAGGACUUGUCACGAUGGAUCCGCUCAUACGAUGACCGAAUGAACAGACACGAUGUCAAGAGAUGCAUGGCCGAAGCAAAUCUGCUUAGAGGAGAUCUACUGCCCAUUCUCGCCCAGCAAGGAGACAAGACCGAACGCAGCGCUCUCGCAACANAAAUUGCCCUCAGCUGUCUCGACUUGCUCAACACCCUGACAUGGCCAAUCGAACGGAAAGAAGAGACCAUGACCGUCAAUACUCAUAGACAUCUUCCAUACAUCAGACUCGCCCAAGUCGAAUACAAGCGUGCCGUCCUGCACUGGGAAUCCGCCCAGAUCCUUCGCACCGCAAUCAGCGUCGCCAUCCCUGCCAUCACACAACCCAGAACCGAUCGCUCUCCCAGAGACGAAUCUAUCAUCGGUGUCGUCCUUUACUUUUUGCGAAACGUUGCCAUCAUCGCACAACCAGCAGACCUGCCGACUUCAGCCGACAACAACGACAUCAACAGACUGGAAACAAUCAAUGCUUUCCACCAGCAGAACGUAUUGCAGCUUCUGCUCACAAUCGCCUCGAGUGUCACCGACGAGUAUCCAAUGCACGAUAUCGUCCUCCUGGAUAUUCUCUUCCAGCUGCUCAAAGGCAUUGACCCCGAGGAUCUGUUCAAAAAUGAGAAGCAACUAGAAGAUGCCAGGAAUGACGAGUUCAAGGCUUUGUUAGACAAAGAGAAGGCCAUGAAUGCCUCAUAUGCAAGAAACGCUCCCAGUCGUCACCAUCGCUUCGGAACCAUGAUUUGGGUGAAGCGACCCGACGAGAAAGUGUCUACUCUUAGCGGCCAAAAUGUCAUCUUCGAUGAGCAAAAGACGCUGCACCAAAUGGAUCAGUCAAAACUCUGGAACAAACCAAAGGGUCGCAAGAAGAAUACUGAGGUUCAAGACGAAAAUAACGAUUUCGACAACAAUGUCAACCUGGACGAAUCUACACGCAAGAUUGUUCGUCAGUUUGUCGAGGAUUUCCUGGACUCUUCAUUCAAUCCACUUUUCAACAGUCUUCGCCGUGCCCUGACUUCAGAAGCCGAGCGAGCCCAGAAAUAUCACAACCGCCAGUACUACUAUCUGAUGGGCUGGUUCUUGCAAGCGGAACGUGCUAGACAAGACUUGCUCAAGCGGAACGGCAAAGUACAUAAUGCUGCUGUCGACGACUCACCCUUUGCAUACAUUGCUGCAGUCAUGACCCAGGAAAACUUCAUCUUGCUUGGACGUAAGAUCCAGCAGAGUUUGGACGAUAAGGAGUGGUCUGAUCUGCACGCUUGUAUGCGAGCAUUUACACAGAUCUUGUUGACUGUAGCUGCAAUGGCAGACUCUGCUUCCGAAGACGACCAGGAGAUUGCCGAGAACAUCCAAAACAGAAUCUUUUACGAGGAAACCACUCACGACCAAGUCAUUGCUGUGCUUAGAGGAUACAAUGGCCAAGGAUUCGCAUUCCUGGACGCAUGCACAGAUAUGGCGCACACUUUCCUACGCAUGUUAGAACGCUACAGUAAACAGAAUGUUGACAUGCAAGUUCGUUCGAAACGACGUGCUAGGAGAAAGCGCAGAGUUGAAGCUCAAGCCAACGGCGCUGAAGACGAAGGUGCUGCGUCUGAGGCUGAGGAUCAAGCUGAUGCUCAACGCGCCGUAAGCGAACGCAAGUUCGAUUUCACCAGAUUUGCCAGCAAGUUCAUGACUGAGAGUGCUGUCAACACGUUCGUCACCUUCACAAGCUACUACAGAGACCUUGACCUCGAGCAGCUGAAGAGAUGUCACCGUUUCUUCUACCGUUGCGCGUUCAAGAUGGAGCGAACAAUCUUCCUGUAUAGACUCGACAUCCUACACUUGCUCAAUCGUAUGAUCAAAGGACCAGAAGGGUUAUCUAAAGAGAUGCCUAUGUUCAAAGAAUGGGAAGAAUUGGUCAAGCAAGUCUUCAGACGUUGUUUAAAGAACCUCGACCAACGUAGAGAGCUCAUGGUAGAGAUGCUUUUCACGAAGAUGCCGAACACUAUCUUCUACCNNCUUGAGAACGGCUACGAUAUGGAAAUCACAAAAGCCAGACCCAGACCACCGGCCGAGUUGGUCGUAAAACCUGGACUGAGUCAAGAAGAACAGCUCGCAGUCGCUGUCAGUGUGCUUGUCAACCAAGGCAAACUCGAUGCUUUGGCCUGGGUCAAGGACGUUCUCAACUCUGCUGCAGAAGACAGAAAGUUUUGGGAAGAUCUACAUGAUGCACAAGCAAGCAUUCAGAACGUCACAAAUGGCGAGACCGAGAACACAAAUGGCGCAGACAACCAAGAUUUUGAAGCACAAGCUGAGUCAUUCGAGCCAGCAGUCCAAGAAGACAAACCUAAAGCUCCUUUCAUAACACUCAAGCCUGACACCGAAGAACGCAAACUCAGUCUCUUCAAGGACAAGUUUCUGCGUCUACUCCUCAAACUCCUCGCUCUCGAACGUCUCGGCGAGAAUGAUGAUCCGGACGCUUCCUGGAUCGUUCCUUCUUCCAUGCACUCAUCACUCAUUCUAUCCAAUCUAGCUCUGAUCAGAAAGUUUGAGUUUGAUCUCCCAACCUUCGAAGGCGGCGUGGCCCCCGAAUCUCUUCUUAGAAGCAAGAGUGCGGCGGGUCUACACGCUAGAGCAGACCAGAGUGCUGCUGCUAGCGCAGUCAACAGUGACGAAGAAGGCGAUACCCUCUCCGACCUUGACGCUCAAGCAGCCGCCUUGUUCGAACCUGGAGGCCCUACAUCUCGAUCUGCCGAUUAUGAGAAGCCCAAAGCUAGAAAGAGGUUGUUGCAGCGCAAGGCCCCUGAUCUCACAGAAGCACAAAGGUUGCUACGACAACAGGAAAGAGAAGCCAAAGAGAGAGAAAAGAAUGCAAAGAUCAAAUCAGCACUUCGCAUCACGGAUUCUGAUGACGAAGACGAUGCAGACAAGGAUGCGGCGUUCUUUGCGCUCGAAGAAGAGAGAAGGAAGAAGAUCAGUGGUGUGAUAAGAAAUGCAUUGCUGCAUGAAGUCGAUGAGUCUGCUGGCAAGAAGAAUAAACGCAAGGCCAAGGCUACGACCGGAAAAGCAGCCAAGGGCAAGAAGAGAAAGACCAUCACGGUCGACAGCGAUAGUGAUCGGGACAGUGACACUGAUCAGGACGAGGAUAUGAGGGACAUCGAUGCUGCUGAUGCAGUCAGUGAGGUGGAUGAGGCGCCAGAGGACACACCUAUGGACACUGUGUCACCACUUAAAAGCGGUGCUCCAGCUGCGAUUGAUGCAGACGAGGAUGAGGAGGAUAUCGUGCAAACUAGACCUGCUCGAGCGAGAGCAACAGCGAGACUACCGUUCUUGGACGACAGCGAUAGUGACUAG